AUGGACCUGUUCUCCGCCGCCUGCGAGAAAUUCGGUCUGGUCAUUAACACGCAGAAGACGGUGGUGAUGCUCCAACCGCCAUCCCACUCAGUCACAGCCCCCAACGCGUCGCCGCAAAUCAGAGUGAACGGAACCCAACUGCAAGUGGUGGAGAACUUCCCGUACCUGGGCAGUACUCUCUCCCGCAACACCAAAAUCGACAACGAAGUCGCCAACAGGAUCUCGAAAGCCAGUCAAGCCUUCGUUCGCCUCCAAAGCACAGUUUGGAAUCGCCACGGUCUUCAGCUGAGCACGAAGCUGAAGAUGUACAAGGCAGUCAUCCUGCCGACACUACUGUAUGGAGCGGAGACAUGGACGGUGUACGCAAAGCAGGCACGUCGUCUGAACCCCUUCCACCUCAGUUGUCUUCGUCGCAUCCUGAGGCUGAAGUGGCAGGACUGA